AUGCAUCUGUCCUGCUGGUUACCUGGGGAGAGGUGUGAGGAAGGUUUGUUGUUGACCAAAGGCCCCUGAGUCCUUUACGAUCUGAUGUCAAAACAUGAGCUUUGGUAUAAUUCCAAUUUUUUUCCUGUUUGAAUAGGAUGCAUUAAAUACUUUUUAACUGGUUUACAUCAGUUGGUAUGGGCGAAAGACCGUAAUAUAUUGUUUGAUUCACUGGACAAAAUAAAAUGGAUUUUCACCCCCCCACCCCACCCCCCCCCUGUUUUUUGGCAUGCAAAUGACAUUUACCAUCCUGGCCCCAUAUUUACUCCUCCAGUUUUUACAAAUUUGCUAUAUAUUUGCAAGGAUCAUGUUGGUGCAAAUUCAUUUUUUUGCCCAGUGAUUUAUAUGUUAAAAGUGCCGGAUCGAGGGAGGAGGGAACUCGGGGAUGAUAGCUUGCCAGGGCCUCAUUUUAAGGUCAUUUUCGAUGGUGUCCCCUCCCUCUUUGAAGGGUUUGAAUAAGCAGCGCCCCCAAUUACUUGAAGGUCUGGUUAUAGUCGCUGCUACUUGAAAUACCAGACCGAAGAAUGUCGCUAUAAAACGCCUCUGUCACUUGAGCAGCCCCAGGGUGAGGUGUAUGGUAGAAAUCAAGUGAAGGGUACUUCGUUAAAGAAACGUCUCUUAGACUUCUGGUGGUGUUUUUGGUUUUUUAUGUCAUUUGGUGUACUAAAAAGGAAACUUAUUACGGUAUUCAUCCUGUAGGAAGGCCAAUAGACACUCCUAUGUUCGAGGGCGACUCAUACAUGUCAUUACCAGGAAUCGAAGGCGCAGUUCUGCAGCUAAGGUUCUCCAUCAGAUUCCUCGCACUUAAAUCAGGCAAUAUGCUUCUACUGUACAAUGGUCAGACGAUAUUCCCUGGUCGCGGUGACUUCAUUUCCCUUGCCAUUAACGGAGGGCGAGUUGAGUUCAGGUUCAAUAUGGGAAGUGGUACUGGUAUUUUACGCAGCGCCAGAAACAUUUCCGUAGGAUUCUGGCACACUGUAAUAAUAGAAAGACAACUGAGAGACAGCUUGCUGGUUCUGGAUGACGAUCCCCAAGUGAAAGGUUCCUCCCCGUGUUGUUCACGUGGAUUAAAUCUUUUGUUAGACUUGUUCAUAGGCGGAGUGAAAAACUUCACGACAUUCCACACUAGUAAAGUUGGCGUUAGCUCCGGUCUCUUUGGUUGUAUAUCCGAACUAUCAGUAGAUGGUAGGGAAAUAAACCUGCUCAAGUCCAAUCUUGACAUGCGCGGUAUCAAACAAUGCACAGAAUGCCUUUUGCCUUGUGAAUUAAGACCAUGUUUGAAUAAUGCCACUUGCAUCCCGGUUGGAAAAACGGGCUUUUUCUGUUCCUGUGCUCCUGGAUAUACUGGACAAAAGUGUGAGUUUACACUGGCCGAUCCUUUGAAGAGUAACACAUGUGUAAAUGGCGGAGUUGAAUUAUCGUCAUCUUACAGGUUACUUUUAUUUAUUAAUUUUUUAUUUUCCCAAACAUAAGAAAAAUGCACUCCACUACAGUCAACCCGCAGCUUGUUUUAAUGAGGUGUAGCUAUUAAUUCCCUCCGGUGUCUCUGCUAUUGAUAAGUUCGGCUAGUCUGUCCAAUAUUUUCUGCGUUAGGGUUGGUACUAUAGUCAAUCUAAAUAUAAAUAGUGAUAUAUUUGUAAAGAAAUUUCUUCUCGGACCUCAAAUGACGAUCUCUCGCGAUUAAGGACAGUAAUUCGUUGGAGGGUGUCCGAAAUAAAGGGAGUUGACUAUAUUUACUAUAAUAGAAAGUCUUUGCAUACUUAGAAUACAAACAAUACUUAAUUUUAAGACGUGAUAAAAGCAGUUCGCAAACCUAGAGAGCUUCAGAAAUUCUGAGCCUAAAAGUUGAUUUACUGUGUUACAGGUUAUGCAACUGCCCGCUCGGAUAUGGAGGCAGAAGGUGUAAUAAAAGUAAGGACUUUCAGAAGUUUUGCCUUAUGAAAUAGCUUCCUAAUGCGUCGGAUAUAUUCUUAAAUCUGUCAAUUACUGAUGUUGUCGCAGUAUAUACUUUUCAAUGUAAGGGAUCUUAAGGCACAUAGUCUUUGUGUGCGGAUACAGCUGACCUCCCCAUGCUGGAGCCGUCAGCAUGGGUAAAGUGUUUCUUACUAUACCCCGGAGGCCACACUUAGGAAGUCUUGGUGGCCUUUUAAAAUCGGAAGGGGAACUACCGGUGGUGCAAAUGGUAAGAGUAAACGCCUUCCACAAAGUGGAUUGACUUUGUUGUUGGUUUUCUUCACAAGUCUACUUCGAGCUGAAAAGUUGUCUCUAAUUUAUUGGGGACGUUUAAGAGGCCACACGUUUAGAACAGUGAAAUCUAUCGGGUGUCACGCUCUCUAAACUACAUAAGUGUAAGUUUUCAUAGUUGCAGUAGAAUUCUUUGACGACAACCCCUACAAAAAAAAAAACAUGCACACUGGUAAUAGAUUUUAAGUACUAAAGAAACCUUAGUUUACAAACUUCUGCUGUUGGGUUUAUUUUAACCUUUUCGGCGCAAAGUUCUUUAAAAUAGCUUGCAUGAGGCAAUGUAUAGUUGAGUCGAUUCCAGUGACUCUUGCUGAUUGGCUGUUUCGUUGUAGCUGUCCAGUUUGGAAAAAAUGCCUUGUUCAGUGGUGACGGUUUCUUGGAAUUCCCAUCAUCGAGCAUGCGAGGACCGAGGUGAGGUUUUUUCUUUGGUGUUCAGUGAACCUUCUGAGAUAACAUUUCUCAGCAUCAGGAGAGUUUUACGACUGUCAUAAUAGAAAAUGAGCGCCCAAGUUAUUUCCAUCCUGGUAUUUUAUAGCCGAAAUACCUUAUAAUCCACAGUGCAAUGUUUACGGCUUUGAGCAUGCAUGCGUCCAUUUUUUUUUACAGAUCGACAACACCUGACUAUAUGUCACUUGAGAUAAAAACAGAAGCUCAAAAUGGUGUAAUCCUAUGGCAAGGAGAGGUAAAUUAGAGUGUUGUAAUGAGUUCGGCCAACAGAGAUUGUUUAUAACUCAUGCCUGAUAAUCCGAUGACCAGAAAAGACAUCCAUCUACUUUGCCACAUUCAGUUCUGAGCUUUUUCUUAGUUAUUAAAAGAUUGUAAGAACAAAACCUUUUUCCAAAACACUUCCGUAUCUCUUUGCCAACACGUUCGUGUAUAUUUCACACACACAGGUCCCUUGCAUUACGAACAGUUCCCUUGAUCUGUAAGGCAUCAAGCAACAAAUAGAUACCUCAUGUUCUCACCUGGAUCAAUUCGGUGUCCCUAUGAAAAAUUUUUCUUCUUGUUCCUUCCAGAGAAGAGACCACUUUGCAAUCGGAUUAAGAGACGGAUUUCUGGAGUUCAGGUAAUUAUUUUAGGACUCUUGACGGCCCAACAACUGGUCUCUUUCUAAACUUUGGUAUUCUUUGCUUUCAGAGUAAAAACACCCAUACAUGUACGUGACCACCAAAAAUGCCAAAAGUUAGGGGUGGCUAAUGGGAGCUCGUCGCAUACGAGACUCUGACACAUCUGAAUGUCGCUAAAAUGGCCUCGGAAAUAUGUAAUGCAUGCGCACUAAAAAACAUAGACAAUAUACACGUAUUAAAAGAGUAUAUUUCGCCACAUAAAUGUACUGAUGGAUCACAUAACCCACUUAAUAUCCGGGGGCGAUAAAAUAAUAGGGAGUUUAAGCAAAAGCAUUUUUGAGUGACGCACGUCAACCGAGGCUAAAAAAAAAAAUUGUAUUGCUUUGCGUCUUUGCGUCUUUUUUCUCAUAUUGAUGAUUUUGCGGAGAAUUUGGGCAAAAACACUGCUUAAAAGUAGUUAACUAUGAAAUUGAGUGAAGCACAUCCUCGGUUAAAUUUGUUACACAUUAAUCCUUGAUCACUGAUCUACAUAAAAAAAAAAAAUAAGGGAACGGGCCCCCGGGCCCCUCCCCGGAUCCGCUACUGCAAAUAACCAGGAACUAAAUUUAUCGGUCCCUACCCUGAGAAUACUUUAAAAUCAUGUUAGCAAAUCAGUUACGUCUUUCGUAGAUUUGAACUCGGCUCUGGGCCUGCUGUACUACAAUCUCUGUCUCCAGUCAACGACAGCCAAUGGCACUCCAUCAAGGUUUACAGGUAACAAACUUUUUCAACUACAAUCUUGAAAUAAUAGUUCCUAGAUCUGUUAGAUGCGUUACAUUUGAGGAACAAGGAAGGGCCCGAGAAUAAACCCCCUGACUGUCAACUAUGAAAAAAAUUUUAAUCAAUUAUUGAUUUCGGCUUCUAUAUAAUAUGAAGCAGCACUGACUGCGUGAUGUCAUCCCUCCGAUAUUUUAAUUAUUAGACUAGUGACGUUCGUCGUUUUAAUUUUGUAGGAGUUUCAGUGAGGGUUCCCUUAAAGUUGAUAAUCAUGAUCACGUAAAUGGCACCUCGGUUGAGGGAAGCAAAGGGCUGAAUAUUAACCAAGGUUAUAACAUAUUUAUGGGUAAGUGCAUUGUAUAUCCUUAUCUUAUCAGUCAUCCCUACGAUCAGAAUGGGCAGUCCGAAAUAUCUGAAUUUCAUAUAAUUGAACUGCGGGAAGAAGAAACAAAUGCAGACAAGAUCAUCAAUACACAACUCAGUUGCAAAAAGAAAGCCUGAAUCCCCGUAUUCGACCCCUGACCUCUGGGAUACCGGUUGCAGUGCUCUUACCUAUUAAGCUAGCAAGUAGACUGGGUGUGGAUGGUCCGUUAGUAUUAUCUAAAAGUCUACCUCCUUUAUCAGUGUUCAGGAUGUUUAAUAAUGUAGAAGAUUUUUUUUUUUCAUUUGAACAGGAGAUAAUUCGAACUAUAGUCUAUAUUAUCUUAAUGUUUUUUCCUCUUAUUUCCCAUAGGAGGGGGUGAAAAUAUCGCAAAAAUGACACAUGGAAAGUUUAAUACUGGUUUUAGAGGUUGUAUAAAGAAUACAUUUUUCAAGGACAGAGGCAUGGACCUCCAGGGUGACGCUAUUCGCGGCUGGAAUGUCCUACCGUGCGACAGCGAUGAGACAGAGCCAUGA